CUUUUCUUUUCUUUUUUCUUUACAAUGAAGUUUACACACUCUUUCACUUAUAUCUCGGCUUGUAUCUUACUCUUACAACAAUCCGUUUAUACCGUCCCUCUUCAACAGCCUGGUGCUCUUGUCAAGAGAGGAAGCGGUUUACAUGGAAAGUUUCUUCACAUCACAGAUAUUCAUCUUGAUCCAUACUAUAAGGAAGGUGCUGAUCCAUCUUCACUUUGUCAUCGACAUGGCAAGAAACGAUCCAAGGAAUCCGGUAAAUAUGGUGCCCUGGGUACUGAUUGUGACACACCUGUACCUCUGGUGCAAAUUGCAUUUGAUUUCCUCAAGGAAAAGGUUCAAGAUGUGGAUUUCAUUCUGUAUACAGGUGAUACAGCCCGACAUGACAGAGACGAUGACUUGCCAAUCAGCGACGAUGAUAUCGUCGACAGCCAUAAAACCGUUCUCAAAUACUUUCAAUCAGCCUAUAGCACUAAGCACACACCUUAUAUACCUACGAUUGGGAAUAACGAUGGAUUUGAUCAUAACGAUCUCGGCAAAAAAGCCAAAAUUUUUACAAAACUAGAAUCCAUCUGGAAACCUCUCGGCUUGAACUUGACACAAAAUUUCGCUCAAGGUGGCUACUUUGCUCAAGAUAUACUUGAUGGCAAAUUGACCGUGAUCAAUACAAACUCGAUGUACUUUUUCAAAAAGGACGAUGCUUCCGACUGUGACAAAGAAGGCAGUCCUGGCACCAUUCAAUUAAAGUGGCUUGAGAGCACCCUUGAUCGUUAUGCCCAAAAGGAUGGCAACCACCAAGUCUACCUUAUGGGUCAUGUUCCUCCUGUAGAUGAUGAUGGAUCCAAGCUGUUCAAGGACAAGUGCUAUUCAAAAUAUAUCGAUCUCCUUGGUAAACACAGCAAGAUCAUUGCUGGUCAUUUUACCGGUCAUACCAACAAUGAUAAUUUGAACGCCAUCGUUUCUGACGACGAUGAAUAUACCCUCGUUCAUGCUGGCAAGCACAACAAUGUGGAUAGCAAGACAGCCGUUGGCCUGUUUAAUGCACCUUCUAUUAUCCCCAAAAACAACCCAGCGAUUCGUGUAUAUAAAUACCAGGCAGAAGGUGGCAGGUAUCCUGUGGGCACGAUCCUUGACUGGGAACAGUACUACUUAGAUCUCGAAAAGGCCAACAACGACGGAGAUGCCAAGUUUGAACUUGAAUAUACUGCUUCCGACUUAUUUGGAGUAGAUCACUUUGAUGGUACAGGUGUAGCUAAAGCAAUGAAUGCGGUUGCAGAUAACAAAAAGAUCCGCAAGUCGUAUAAAAAGUAUGCCGGUGUUUCUACUUAG